AAUACACGGACUGAUAGACUGGCCGAUUGAUAGAAUAUCUGAAUGAUUGGUGUUCAACGUACAGCUCUAAUCCUUAAAGCUACGACAGCUUAAAGCAAGCCCAGCUGCUAUCUGUAUAUAUAUAAGGUCAUCUCCUAGUCGGGCAGCCUCGAUUGGAGUAGAAUUGCCUUGUUAAACUUGUCAAAAAUGACGCCUGUUGAGGACGAUGAACCGCUUGUGUCUCUGAAAAUGAGAAAUGUGUCAAAGUCACAGGCUAGGCGCUAAUAUAUAUCAUUUCGCCGUUCUGAUCGCAACUAUCCUGCAAGUCGUCCACCCCGAAGAGCUACAUCCGCCAUUUCAGGCACAGUCUCAAUCGCAGCCAACGCAAGCUUUUCCAUUUGCAGUACAACAACUGCACCGAUUGCCGCCCGCUUAUCUAAAAGGACUGCUCACCCUCAAGGGCAGGCUGCUGGCCAACAACGUCCAGUUAAGGCCCGCCUACAAUCCCAACAGCCUCAAUAAUCCCAACAACCUGAACAGCCUUCAGUGGCGUUCACAGCAGUCGAACGUGGAGCAGAACAACCUGCAGCUGAAGCCUCCUCUUGGCCCGAACAGCCCACAGUUGGGCUCGCAGCUGUCGAACGUGCAACAUAGUUUUCGUGAGGCGAUCUCUGAUCUUAAUUUGGGGCUCGACAUGCAGCGGGAGGAGGCGGCCAAGGAGCGUGCCGAGGCCAAGGAUCGACUGCACGAGCAGCUGAACCAGCUGGAAGCGGAUCUGCAAAAACAAGAUAAUCAGCUGCACCAGCGGGAGCUGCUACUGGCUGCGCAUGUGUCCUCAGAACAGCCUCAGCAGCAGGAGCAAAUGCAUGAGCAAUUGCCAUACGAGCAGCUCGAGGUGCAGUCGCCGAGCAGCCAGCCCCUGCAGUCGCAAAUUCAGCCACAGUCCAUGGGACUGCAGCCGACAGUGCAGUCGCAGGCGCAACAAGAGCUGUCCGUGCGGGAUUCGCCUCAAACGGACGGCGGAUCAAGUAACGAUGCCAAGAUGCAGCUGCUGCAGCAGCUAGCUGACGUUUUUGGGCAGGAGCAGCAGCAACAAGAGCAGCAGCAACAAGAGCAGCUUAGGCAACAGCAGCAUCAGCAGCAGCAGCCGCAGCAGCGGCAACUGCCGCAGCAGCAACUGCCACAAACGCAACAACAACGAGUGCGCUUAAACGCGACGCCGACUGAUCCAAAAGAGGAGGACGACGACGACGACAACGACAACGACGAGGAAGACACAACGGAUGCGGAUGAGGAGGAAGAAUGUGACAGCACAUUGCCGGCCACCACGGCGACCACAAGAAAGCCCACCACAAAGCCGCCCGAGCAUGAGGAGCCCGUGACAAUGAGUGUGGGAGUUGAUACAACUAAGGCUCAAACAAAGUCCGAACUGAAGCUCACGCUCGUGCCAAAGCCCGAAUCGAAGCCCACAGCCCAGCCAACAAGUAGCACAGCUGCAAUAAAGAUCCAAACGCAGACACCGCGAACGACCACCGCCAUGACGCAGCCUAGUUCCACAAUAACCACCAGGAAGACCAAUAGCAAGAAGCUCAACUGCUGCACCAAGCCUCAAUCCAAAGUUGUCAAAGCGUUAAAGCUGCUAAGUCUCAAGAAGGAGCAGCGGCAGCCACAGCAGCGGGUCCAUCGACGUGCCAAGAGCGGCAUCAAGCCCGAUCUGCGGAUCGAAGCAAUUGCCACAUUGCUGCAGUAUCGCAAUAGCCACAGCGAACUAGCUCAUACCGAGCAUAAGGAAUCGGUUCGGGUGAAGGAGCCACAAGUCCAACAGACACGCCCAGGGAAGAAAAAAAGAAAACAAAUGAAAAGGCGUAAGAUGAUGUCACGCCAACAACGCGGCAUCGUCAGUAGAAAGCAACUGCUGCAGGCUGAGACCAAAAUAUGGCCCAUUAAGAUAUCCACCUGAGACUUGUAUAAUGGGCAUUUUUAUUUACGAUAAAUAUAUUUUAUAUUAUACAAUUUAUGCAACAAAAGCAGAUUAGAAUUU